AUGGUCCUGUUACAGAGAAUGACAUACUGUGUGCAGCGUUUGUAUAUACAACAGGGUCUGAAUAUCCCAUUAAAGAUGGUGAAGCGACACGCAUCCAAAAUAGCACUUCCUGUAUUUACCACUAAACCCAAAGGCUUGGAUGUGGAAGAGCCAUCAUAUUUUGUCGACUGGCAUGCUUGUGUGGUUAGUGGUGGUAAAGGGGGCGAUGGCGUGGUGUCCUUCGCCAGUACUCGACACAACCAAUUUGCUGGACCUGACGGGGGAAAUGGAGGUUCAGGAGGUCAUGUUAUCUUUCAAGUGAAUGAAAAUGUGAAGUCCUUGGCGAAAGUUCCAGGACAGGUGGCUGCUGUAGAUGGACGGAAUGGUGCAAAACGUAACUCCCAGGGCAAGAGUGGUCAGCACACCUUUGUAUCAGUACCUCAAGGUACUGUUUUUUAUAGUGGUGAUGGGGAACAGCUUACCUGUCUGGAUGAACCAAAUGAUUAUUAUGUAGGGGCACAUGGAGGCAAAGGGGGGCGAGGCAACACAGCAUUUGCCACCAGCACAUUUGUUGCCCCUAGAAUUGCUGAAAAGGGAGCCAUGGGUGAAAAGAACUCCCUGCAGCUUGAGAUGAGAAUAAUGGCAGAUGCAGGGAUGGUUGGGUUUCCCAAUGCUGGUAAAUCCUCACUUCUGCGAGCAAUCUCACGGGCUCGGCCACUUACUUCUGAGCAGGCUUUUACCACACGCAGUGCACAUGUUGGAAUGGUACAGUACGAUGACCAUGAGCAAGUUUCAGUUGCUGAUAUUCCUGGUCUGGUAAAAGGUUCUCACGAGUCCAAAGGACUCGGCUUCUCCUUCUUGCGUCACAUAAUGAAAUGUACAUGUCUCUUGUACGUCCUUGACCUUUCUAGUGAUGACCCCUGGCAGCAAUAUGAGGACUUAAGACAUGAACUCCAACAAUACAAUUCAGAGUUGAUGACACGACCACAUGCGAUCGUUGGAAACAAAAUUGAUUUACUGUCAUCCAAAUCAAACUUUCAGAUCAUACAAGCCAAAAGUGAUGUUCCUGCAUUUGCCAUUUCGGCAACUGAGGGGACUGGCAUCGUAGAACUGUUAAUUCAUGUCCGUAAAAUGUAUGACACCAUGAAAUCAAGUCAGUCAGUGAAUGUAUGAGUUGUGAUCAGACUGUUGUGAACUGUUCCUGUACAUGCUGAGGUCAAAGUGGUGUUAUUAUUCCCCAACAGUGAAACUGUGGGGACGUUGAAUGUCCAGCUCCUGAACAGAUGGUGAAACCAUCACUUUUUCCCAGGAUCUAUACUGAUAAAAAAGCAUCCUUUUCUUUAAAUGUUUUGUUUUUUACAACUAGUCUUGAUCAAUUAAUGCAUAAUUUAGUUCAUAUGCUCAGCAUUUAUUUGCGUCCAGAGUGUAAAUCUUAUCUUAUUCAAUGAGAAAGUAAGGGAACAUUUACAUUUAAGUUUACAUUCAAGAAAUCCAUGACCAAAAACCAACUGAAGAGGACCAAGUUUCGGAUCUUACCAGCUGGUAACACCAACGGUAGUACUAACAUUACCCAGCCAGUUCAUGUUGAGGACAUGCUUUGUGAAGACUUGGUUCUAAGUGACGACUCUAUCUAUACAGCUUCAAAACCAGGGAAUUCAGGGCUACUAGCAGUGUCAAAGUGAACUGUAGAAAAUUACGGUAAUUAUUUAAAUCAGAGUCUACUUCAACUGUUUGGAGGGAUGAAAUGGACUAAGAGAUUAAUAUCGUGUAAGUGACACCCAAAAAUUAAACUAAUUGAUUAGUAGGGUAAAAAUAACUGUGAUUGAGUUAUACUACAUGAACAGAUGUGAUACGAGGGAAAAUAGAGAAGUUGUGAGCCUGAUGUUUAAAGGAUUGACUUUUGGCUGACAUAUUGCUUUGUCCUUCAGUAUCUAUACAUACUUUGCCAGCGAUGUUUAAGGGCCACUUUCAAAGGAGUCCUUUGCUUGACUGUUCAUAAAGUCCUCCACUGCAUAUAUGACUUCAUCAUAUGACCAAAAGUGGGUAGUUUUGGAAAUAGAUGAAAGUCUGAUAGAGCGAGAUAUGGUGAAUAAGGCAGAUGCUCAGUCAAUUCAAAGCCACAAUUAUUAAUGGCAGCCAUGAAAUGACAGACUAGUGAACAGAAGCAUUGUCCUGGUGGAACAACGCACCUUUACUGAGUUUUCUGCUGCACUUGAGCUCAAUAUUUUCUCUUAACUGCCAAAGUGAUGCAUAAUAUGUGCCAUUGAUUUAUGUAUGCCAAUGUACAUUCAUAUAGAUAUGCAUCACCAAUAUACGAUGUGUCACAUGGUCAUGUUGCAUCAGGGUCAAGGUCAAAGCCAAAUACCUACAGAUUUGUUUUGUCACAAAUUCUGUAAUCCCCUUGGUGCACAGAAGGGCCUUGUCAUAUUGACAGCAUUUCUAUCAUAAAGAUAUUUUUAAAAAUUCUCAAACAAAAAUAUAUUCUUUUCAAUGUUUUUAUUUACGUAAUAUUAAGUAUACAUUAAAUUUUAGAAUCAUAAGCAGAUAAUUGUCACUAUAAG